GGGGGUGGGGGGGGAAUGUGGAAGGAUGCUCCCCCAUCCUUCCUCCCCGCUAAGAAGGCGAACGAGUCUUUGGGAACGUGGUCCACCCAGGGAUGUAAAACUGUGCUUACCGAUGCAUCCCAUACGAAAUGCUUAUGUGAUCGUCUCUCUACCUUCGCCAUUUUGGCUCAGCAACCUAGAGAAAUAAUCAUGGAGUCCUCUGGUACACCUUCAGUCACCCUAGUAGUAGGCAGUGGCCUUUCUUGCUUGGCUUUGAUCACCCUAGCAGUUGUCUAUGCAGCAUUAUGGAGGUAUAUACGUUCUGAGAGGUCCAUAAUUCUAAUUAACUUCUGCCUGUCUAUCAUCUCAUCCAACAUCCUCAUACUUGUUGGGCAGACUCAGACACAUAAUAAGAGCAUCUGUACGACCACCACUGCAUUUUUGCACUUUUUCUUCCUGGCUUCGUUCUGUUGGGUUUUAACUGAGGCGUGGCAGUCAUAUAUGGCUGUAACUGGAAAAAUUAGGACACGGCUUAUAAGGAAACGCUUUUUGUGCCUUGGAUGGGGUCUACCAGCAUUAGUAGUGGCCACAUCAGUAGGCUUCACGAGGACGAAAGGAUAUGGCACUGAUCACUAUUGCUGGCUCUCUCUUGAAGGAGGACUACUCUACGCUUUUGUUGGACCUGCCGCCGCCGUUGUCCUGGUCAACAUGGUGAUUGGCAUUUUGGUAUUUAAUAAACUUGUUUCCAGAGAUGGGAUCCUAGAUAAAAAGCUCAAACACAGAGCCGGUCAGAUGAGUGAGCCUCAUAGCGGUUUGACGCUCAAAUGUGCCAAGUGUGGAGUAGUUUCAACAACAGCUUUGUCAGCCACCACCGCCAGUAACGCCAUGGCAUCCCUUUGGAGCUCCUGUGUGGUCCUGCCCCUCCUGGCUCUGACGUGGAUGUCUGCUGUUCUGGCCAUGACAGACAAACGCUCCAUAUUGUUUCAAAUACUUUUUGCUGUGUUUGAUUCAUUGCAAGGCUUUGUGAUAGUCAUGGUCCACUGCAUUCUUCGCAGAGAGGUUCAGGAUGCAUUUAGAUGCCGAUUGAGAAACUGUCAGGAUCCAAUCAAUGCUGAUUCUUCAAGUUCUUUUCCUAAUGGGCAUGCGCAAAUCAUGACAGACUUUGAAAAGGAUGUAGACAUUGCUUGCCGGUCAGUUCUUCAUAAGGAUAUUGGUCCUUGCCGAGCAGCAACAAUAACGGGAACACUCUCUAGGAUUUCUUUAAAUGAUGAUGAUGAAGAAGAAAAGGGAACAAACCCUGAAGGGCUAAGCUAUUCAACAUUACCUGGAAAUGUCAUUUCUAAAGUCAUUAUCCAGCAACCCACCGGUCUGCACAUGCCCAUGAGUAUGAAUGAGCUGGGCAAUCAGUGUUUGAAAAAAGAGAACAGUGAAUUGCGGAGAACUGUGUACUUAUGCACAGAUGAUAAUUUGAGAGGGGCUGAUAUGGACAUAGUCCAUCCUCAAGAAAGAAUGAUGGAAAGUGACUAUAUUGUGAUGCCCAGAAGUUCUGUAAAUACCCAGCCAUCAAUGAAAGAAGAAAGCAAAAUGAAUAUCGGCAUGGAAACCCUGCCCCAUGAAAGGCUAUUGCACUACAAAGUGAAUCCUGAGUUCAACAUGAAUCCCCCCGUAAUGGACCAGUUCAAUAUGAACUUAGAACAACAUCUCGCACCCCAGGAACAUAUGCAGAAUUUACCCUUUGAGCCUCGCACAGCCGUGAAGAAUUUCAUGGCCUCUGAGUUGGAUGAUAACGCAGGACUAUCAAGAAGCGAAACUGGAUCAACCAUAUCAAUGAGUUCUUUAGAGAGAAGAAAAUCACGAUAUUCAGACCUUGACUUUGAGAAGGUCAUGCAUACAAGGAAGAGGCAUAUGGAACUAUUUCAGGAACUAAAUCAGAAAUUUCAAACUUUGGACAGAUUUCGGGAUAUACCAAAUACAAGCAGUAUGGAAAACCCAGCACCAAACAAGAAUCCAUGGGACACUUUCAAAAACCCCAGUGAAUACCAACAUUACACCACCAUCAAUGUCUUAGACACAGAGGCAAAGGAUGCUUUGGAACUGAGGCCAGCGGAGUGGGAGAAGUGUCUGAAUUUGCCUCUGGACGUGCAAGAGGGUGACUUUCAAACAGAAGUUUAACGAAAUCAAAGCAGACUGAGAUGGAGACAAAAUGUAUUGCACUGACCCUUCAGACUCGGGAAGCCUGACAUUUCUAGCUGGACAGUGUGACCAUCCUCUGUCAGGACAUUCCCAUGUCAAAUGUCAGUGGUGUUUGCAUAUGGUCGCUUCUACCUAGUCAGGCUAGUGGAGGGAGGACCAGGUGUACAGUUCUGACCAUCCUGUGUUGUAAGUACCCGUGGAAUGGAUUUGUAAGGUAAUCUUUAUAGAUAAACCUCAAGCAACGAUUCAUGUUGUAACCGCUUCAUAUGGUUUAGUUUUCAAAAAACUUCACCAUGAAGCACAAUGUAUAUAUUUAUGCAGUUUUUAAAGUUUAUAACAGUCUGUUUGGCCAUUACUACACUUUUUACUUUAUAAUAUAAAAGCAAAGUUUUUGUCAUUAAAUGAAUGUUUGUUGAGCUACAUUCUUCAUUGCUUUAAAUGCAAUAAAGUAAUAAUCUCACUUUUAUAUGAAUAAUAUAUUUCACAUCUUUAUUAUUGCAGUUUUCUCUAGAAAGCUCUGAGUAGCUUUCUCUGCUGCAGCUGUGUAUAAAAUAUUUAAAAUGUUGUAUGGUGUAAAUAAACUUUUGUCUACAUAUCAGUUUUUUAGUGCAUUUUAUUUUAGAUUUGUUGAACAGAAAUUUACAUAUUUAUAACUUUUUUUCCAAUACAGAUACUGAAAAUGUAUUCACGGUUUUAAUAGCAUACCGUUAUUACUCCUUUGAGGCUAAUGAUUUCUCAAAUGUAAUAGUAGGUUUGUAUAGUGCUUCUGUAUUUUCUACUCCAACACCAUUUGAACAAUGUACCAUGUAAAUGGGCUUGUCAGAAACCUGCUGCCAUCAUACUCAAGUAAAUAUGUUUGUUUGUUUUUUUCUUCUAUCUUGUGGCAAAAAGACAACUAGUAGAAAACAGUAAGUUACCAUACAAAAACUAACACAGGGAAAACGUUUAUUAUAAGUAAUGAGGUUCACUGCAUGUUUCAUAAAAGAAACUACUUGUACUACAGUUCUUCAUAAAAUACAAAAAAAAAGAACUUAUUCAGGGUUUUAAGAGAUCUGUAUAUUCUCAAGCAGAAAGAAGAGUGGGUGUAUUUGGUAGUUGCUUUAUCUCUAAAGUGGGAAGUCUGAAGUGAGCUGACUGCACCACAGCCCCUAGUGUCCUCUCUUGUGUCAAAGUCACACCAGUGAUGUCACCCGCUCCCUCAGAGCUGCAUGAAAUGAAACACCAUGGAAGGACUUCAGCGAUUUUCUUGUCUGUCCUGUCCAUGCAUGAUGAGACUGGUUUUUUUUUAGCCAGAGGGAAGUAAAGGGAAUGGAGAGGAGACUGGGGUCUUCAAAAUUCCUAGAAUGUUUAUUUUGUUUGCUGUUAAACCUAAGCUGCAUAGUCUUCUGUGGUCUGUCAGAAACUCCAGUGAGCUGUCUCCUGCUACCCAGGACCUUGGGGCCCCUACCCUGCAGGCUGUGAGGUGGAGACAAAGGUGCUCAGCACUCAAGUGCGCCCCUAAGCUAGAGCCUUAACAACCGCCCAGCUCAGGCUGAACUGUCAGAUACUUAUAAUGUUCUCAAUGUAAACAUGUGAAAAGUAUAUUUUUAAUCAGAUUUUAAAAGCAAAAGGAACAUCAUUAUACAAAAAGAGUAUAACAUAACUAAGGACUGAUUUUUCAAUAAAAUAAACUUCAUAAUUGUAAUAUUAAAUGCUUAUUAAAUUUAUCAGAUGACUUUCUAGUGUUAUGAACAAAUAUUUCAUAAACUUAUCUCACCAUCUUUCUUAGUCAUCUACCUAUAGAUCUAUAUCUUUAGAUCUAUAGAUAUACACACAUAUGUGUACGUGUAUGUAUAUACAUACAGAUAUACAUAAUUUCAUAAUGCUCAGCUCCAUCUCAGUAACCUGUAGAAUGAAUGAAAACCUUGUAUGCAGUUCCUCAUCUCAAAUUGUAAAAUCUUGGUGAAAAAAUCCCCAAUAAGCAUGUUUGAAACCAUAAAUAUCUGUAUGUUUAAAAAAAACAAAUUCAAUCUAUUAGAAUAACAUUUCUUAUAAAACCGUAAUAUUCACUGCCAUAAAACAAAAUCUUACAUUUUUUUCCACUUCUAUUUUUGUCUCGUUCUAGCAACUCAAUAUUAGAUUAAUAUAUGAACGCUAACCAGAAAUUGUACACUUAAAAAUGUCAGGGUACAUUUUUUGGUUACUCUAAGAACGAUGCCAAGUUGCAGUAGCACUUUUUAUUUUUUAAGCUGUAAGAAAAAAAUAUAUAGGUAAAAAAUGAUUAAGACUCAUAAUUGUAAGGAAGCUCUCUUCUAGUCCACUAAGUUUCCACUGCACUUAUAUAUAUAUACACACACACACACACUCUACCAAAGCUGAGUUGCAGCUGUCUCCGUAGACAGUCCUGGGCGGUUCCCUCUGAGCUCACUGCACUAUGACCUGCCAGGAUCUUUGUGCCCUCAGACUGGAAGCCCUUCCCCUUCCUCCACAUCCAAAUUUGAUUGAUGCUUUAAGAUACACCUCAUUAUUUCAUCUUCACCAAGUUUUAUAUGAUUUUCCAAGCUAGAAAUAAUUUCUCCUGUGAACUCUUAUGGCACUGCUCUGUACCUCUCUUAGGACUUUUAAAAUCUUCUAUCUUGGUAUUUAUACACAUUUCUGAUAUCCUCUGGUGGACUGUAAGUGCCUGGAGGGCAGGAUUCAUGUCUGAUCCAUUUUUGUAUCUCUUAAGGGACCUAGCACAAUGAUGUUCCCACAAUAAAUGUUUGUUGAAUUA